AUGGACCACUUUCCGCGACUACGCCCGCAUCGGCGCAAAAGAGACAUCACCGCCCCCAGUUUGAUCACCACACCUACCACCAUCUCCAAGUCAGAUAGUACCUCUGAGAAGACCGAGUCUCCAGCUUCAGCUGAAUUACCUACUCCUACCGCCGCUCCUUUGCCACGUCCUGUCCAUAAGCUCAGUCCGUUUCGAGUAUUCUCACGUUCUUCCAAGAGAGCCCGCGAGGCCUCUCCCACUUCGCACAAACAGACACCUUCUACCGCCGCCGUUAUGGCCCCUAACGGUACCGCAGACCUUUCUGCCUCGCCGGCCGAGAGCAAGAUGUCAUUAGGGCAACAACUUAAGAAUGACGGCCGGCCCAAGAUGCCCUCUUUCCUGGAACUAAGCGAUUCUGAAAUCGAGAACAGGUUCCAAGAGAUCGUCUGGCUCGAGCGCAAGCGUAUCCUAGAAGCGACACAGAAUCCCUCUCGAGAUUUCAGAUGGGCCCGAGUAAUGGGACCGCACCUUCGGCUGCUCGACAGAUAUGGCAACAUACAACCCUGGCACAACAACCGAAUCAAACUCCAGGUGCCCGAGGGUAAGAUCGACUACAUCAAUGCCUCGCCCAUUGUCCUGAACCCGACAGUUCUCACCACGGCCGAUGGCGAAGCGAGCAGCACACAAGAGCCGGAUCGCUACAUUGCCAUGCAGGGCCCCAAACGGUGUACUACCGACCAUGUAUGGCGCAUGGCGGUUGAGCAGCUCGAGAGCCCGGGCGUGAUCGUUAUGUUGACCGAGACUCACGAGGGCGAAUAUGAGAAGUGCUACCAGUACUUCCCCCGAACACCAGAGGAUCCUCCACUGGAAAUCAACGAGCGGGACGAGUUCGGCGAUGGCUUCCGUGCCACAAUUCGGUGCGCGGAGAUCGAGGAUACCCCGGCCGGUGAUGCGAUCGAGCUUCGCAAGAUGGUGAUCCAUGUUCACAAGCCGAAGUCGAGGAAGAGCAUGGACAGCAAGAGCAACGGGUCUCAGAGCAAAAGGCAAACUCCCGAGCCGGAAACCGAAACCACUGAGGAGCCUAACAUCACGUCACCUCUCACCCAAAUGGCAAAAGAGACGGAAGUAAACCUUACGAUCAGUGAACCAGGAGAGACAGUAGGCCGGAACUCUGGAGAGGAGGAAGUCGAAGAGCGCAUCGUGUGGCACUUCCUCUACAAGAAGUGGCCCGACUUUGGCGUCCCGGACCUGUCCGAUCUCGACAGCUUCUUUACACUCAUGGCGCUAUCCCGCGAAAAGAAUGCCGGCCCGCAAAACCCUCGUAUCGUCCACUGCAGCGCAGGCGUCGGCCGCAGCGGUACCUUCAUAGCGCUGGAGCACCUCAUGCGGGAGCUAGACGUCGGAGUGUUGGAGAACUGGGACGAGCGGUGCGCCGCUGCCGCUGGCGGCGAGUCCUCCUCGUCUACGCCUUCUGCAAGAACGUCGCAGGAGGAAAUCAUGUCACCCACGAGCAGCACAAAGGGCGCAGAGGACAACGACUUGAUUUUCCAGGUGGUCAACCAGCUCCGAGAGCAGCGCAAGACAAUGGUGCAGGCCGAGAGCCAGUACGAGUUUAUUUACCAGGUCAUGCGCAAGCUGUGGCUGGAUAAGUAUGGAGGCGACGAUGGUGGUGGUGGCUCGAGGUCCUCGGGAGAGAGGGCGUCUAAGAGGCUGGAGGUUGAUCCUGGUGAUCCCUUCUAUGUGAACGGCUACUCGAACUCGAAGAAGUAG